GAGAAGCGCGGUGUGGUUUUUGUGAGCCCCGACUGUGCUGGGCCCCUCUUCAUCACCAGGAGCAGAUGGCUGGGGACAGAGCCAAACCCUGUGAGCUGGACCAAGAGAAAUACGACGCUGACGAAAAUGUGAAGAUCAUCUGUCUGGGCGACAGUGCGGUGGGCAAGUCCAAACUCAUGGAGAGAUUCCUCAUGGACGGAUUUCAGCCCCAGCAGCUGUCCACAUAUGCCCUGACCCUGUACAAGCACACAGCCAUGGUGGAUGGCAAGACCGUCCUCGUGGACUUUUGGGACACGGCAGGCCAGGAGCGGUUCCAGAGCAUGCACGCCUCCUACUACCACAAGGCCCACGCCUGCAUCAUGGUGUUUGACGUGCAAAGGAAAGUCACGUACAAGAAUCUGAGCACCUGGUACACGGAGCUUCGGGAGUUCAGGCCCGAGAUCCCCUGCGUCGUGGUGGCCAAUAAGAUUGACGCAGACAUUAAGGUGACCCAAAAAAGCUUCAAUUUUGCCAAGAAGUUCUCCCUGCCUCUGUACUUUGUCUCAGCUGCUGAUGGUACCAACGUCGUGAAGCUCUUCAACGAUGCAAUUCGAUUGGCUGUGUCUUACAAACAGAACUCCCGGGACUUCAUGGACGAGGUUUUGCAGGAGCUGGAGAACUUCGAGUUGGAGCAGAAAGAGGAGGAUGUGCCGGGCCAAGGGCAGCGGGGCAGCACCGAGAGCCCACCCCCAUCCUGA